GCAGAGGAUGACCAUCCGGCCGUGGCUGCGGCAUCGCUGCGCUGUCUCGCACGCCUGGCACCCCUCUUGUCCGCACCAGGGGAUCACUUGCUUGCUCGCCUCGCAUGGGCCGUGAAGGCCCGCGCGAAGGGUCGUCUGCGGGACCAAGAGGCUGUCCGGGUGCUGCUCGGCGCCACGGCAAGGUGCCCCCGUGCAGUCGGGGGCCCAGCCGGCCUGGGUGCCUUCUUGGGCUUGGCCCUGAACCUCCAGAAGGACCGUGCGAAAGAAGUAGUGCUGGAGCUGAUGGCG